AUGGAUACCAGUGUGUUUGGCAAUUGUGAAGUGUCCCUCAAAGACCAUUUUGAUGAUGCUAUCAUAUUGUCCAAGAACAUCAGUGAGCUUGCUACAGAAAUUCGAAGGCUAUUCAGCACCAAUGCCUUCUCGUCAGACAUGUUCCUUAAUAUUAUUAAUGCAUCAUCCCUAAGUGGCUCUUGUUUCUAUUUUGCAGGGACAUUCGUGCUGCUGGUGGUGUUGAACCUGCUCCUGUGGGAGAAAGCUGCAUCAAUUCCCGAGUGUCACACCGAAGUUGGGGGCUGCUGGGAGCCCCUUGUGGAAACCUUUAACAGUGCCAUCAACCGAGCUCAAACCAUCCAUAAUCUUGCUGAGCAAAUCCAGCAAGAGUUUUUCCACAAUGAAUUCUCUUCUGGACCAUUUGCGACUAUGCUUGUACAAUUUAUGAAAGGGAAUCAGACAGUUUACAUGGCAAGAACACACUGCCACGCUAAUAUCAUGGACUCUCCAGUUCAUGGAACUGAACACAUAAAUGUAAGAACCAAAAAAUAUUUAAAAUUGUUGAUCAAUUAUGUGGGUGCCUGGAGCAGCCCUCUAUUCCAUCUAGCGAUUGAAUUGAGUGCCAUGCCAGCUGUCCCUGAAACUAUUCUUUCAAAAGCCAAUGAGAUUGAAAAGAACAACAAAGAACUCCUGGAUGACCUUAGGUGGAUACUCACUGAGGCCUAUCCUACAGCAAGGAUGAAGGAAAAAUUCCCUACCUGGGAACUUCUUCCAUUUAUAAAAUCAAAUAACAACGAUGAUAAAUUUUUGGCAAUGUUUAACCUUUCCUUCUGCCUACACAAUAAUAUAUUCUACACUGUAAAUCAUCUCAAAACAUUGAAGUGUCGAAUAACUGGGAAAGAUUGCUAA